GAGCCCUUUUGCCUGAUGGUGCUUCCCAUCCGCCUGGUUUCUCUCUUUUAUCCUGUAGUUCCAAAGGACAAACCUCAGGCCAAGUCCCACUGCCCGGUGGGCACUUACUCCUACCAGAAUAACCGGGUGUGGUAUUGCUUCGAGUUCUAUGAAUACAGGCUGCCCUUUGAGAGAGCUGAGGCCAAUUGUCAGCAGAACAGGAACGGCGGCCAUCUGGCCUCUAUCACCAGCGAGACCGAGACGAGGCUGAUCAGUGGUUAUCUGGCUGGGGUAAACAGGGACAGGGCCGAGGUGUGGAUUGGGCUGAACCGGCACCAGAACUCAAACAUGAAAACUGGCUGGCGGUGGACUGAUGGAUCCCCCUUCUUGUACACCAACUGGCUCGCCCAACAACCCAACAAUAGUGGAGGGAAGCAGCUCUGUGUGGUCCUCACCCCCGGAUCAGAGUUCAAGAGCUGGAAUGACGCCACCUGCGACCAGGAGAGACCUUUCCUCUGCGAGUGGAGAGCACCCUAGUCCAGCUCCUCUAGGUGCGCAGUGCCCCCUUGGAAGCGAGCUGGGCCUGCUGGAUCUCCUGCACCCCCAACCAAGGCCUUUCUGCAGAGCCUCUUCACGGGGCACCAUCUUGGUCUCCAUCUCAGAGAUGCUGCUCCCUUCAUCUCUGUCCGAAAAGUCACCUGGGCUUCCCCCACCCCCCUGUCGUUCUGGAGUUUCCUUUCCGCCCUUCUUUGCCUGCUAAUAAACUUUGCUGGAAGCAUC